GGUGCAUGUUGCCGCUUAGGCUGCUGCUGCUUUUAGCAGCAACCUUAAGUGGGGCUGCCACUAGCGAUCAACGAUAUCCACCGGUAGAUGAUACGGCUGGAAAAAGUUCCUUAACAUUUGUUUUCGACAUCACUGGAUCCAUGUUUGAUGAUUUGGUACAAGUCCGGGAAGGUGCCCGGAAAAUCUUCCAGACAGUGAUGCAACAGCGAGAGAAGCUCAUCUAUAACUAUAUUAUGGUCCCGUUUCAUGACCCAUAUUUGGGAGAAAUUAUUAACACUACCGAUGCAGCUUACUUUGUUCGUCAACUGGGCAAAGUCUAUGUGCAUGGUGGAGGUGAUUGUCCUGAAAAAACACUUACUGGUAUUCAAAAAGCUUUGGAAAUAUCGCUGCCGUCUUCAUUCAUUUACGUAUUCACCGAUGCUCGAUCAAAGGAUUACGAUCUUGAAGAUACAGUACUGAAUAUGAUCCAAGAAAAGCAGAGCUCGGUAGUCUUUGUAAUGACCGGUGAUUGUGGAAAUAGAACUCAUCCAGGAUUUCGAGUCUAUGAAAAAAUUGCAGCUGCAUCCUUUGGACAGGUAUUUCAUUUGGAAAAAAGCGAUGUGUCCACUGUUUUAGAAUAUGUAAGGCAUGCCGUCAAACAGAAAAAAGUCCAUGUAAUGUAUGAAGUCCGGGAAAGAGGUGGUACUGUAGUACGUAAUGUACCAGUUGACGAGCAUAUGACAGAAUUAACGCUAUCACUUUCUGGAGAUAAGGAUGACGAAGAAGUUCUGGAUAUCACGCUGAAAGACCCUUCAGGUCGACCUGUGGAUAAAAACGUUUAUAGCAAAGAAGGAGGCACAAUAGAUCUGAAAAAUGUUAAACUUAUUCGACUCAAGGAUCCCCAGCCUGGUGUUUGGCAGGUAAUCACGAAUUCUCGUCUCAAACAUACGAUACGAAUAUUCGGCCACGGUACUAUCGACUUCAAAUAUGGAUUCGCAACAAGACCGUUGGAUCGAAUAGAACUGGCCCGUCCACGACCGGUCUCCAAUCAAAACACAUAUCUGCUUGUGAACAUGACAGGCUUGGUCCCACCAGGAACGACCACCGAAAUUUCUUUAAUCGACUAUUACGGUAAUACGCUGUACACCAACGCUGCAUCUCCACAUCGAAAUAAUCCACAUAUGUACUUUGUGGGCCCAUUUAUUCCACCUAAAGGUCUAUUUUUUAUCCGUGUCAAAGGUGUUGACGAAGAUGACUAUGAAUUUCAACGCAUUGCGCCAACGGCUAUCGGAAGUGUGAACGUGGGUGGUCCGCGUGCUUAUAUGAACCCGACGACGACAGCAUUUGCCUCAACGGAUGCCAAUCUCACAUGCUCUAUCGAAAGCGCAUCUCCUUUCACUUUGUACUGGAUGAAAGGCAAUGAACGUAUCGGAGGACCUCUGUUUUACCAGAUGACUGACACGGCCAUAUGGACCUUGCCAGAGGUUACUUUGAGAGAUCGAGGCGAAUACUUUUGCGUUGUAGUCAGCGAAAAUGGAAAUCACACGGUUAAAACUUUUUUGGAUACAAGAGAAUCACCACCCAUAAUCACUGGGCUCACGAACACCUCUACACCACUCGGUCAUCCAGCAUUCCUUCACUGUCAAACACAAUCUGCAAGUAAAGUUGAGAUCAGAUGGCUUCGAUACGGUGUAACUGUGCUAAAUGGCGUGAAUACGAUGGUCUAUCCGAAUGGCACUCUUCGAAUACAUCAAACAUCUCGAGCCGAUGCUGGUGCAUACGAGUGUCAGGCACGAAAUACAGGUGGAAUGACAAGUCAAAGCACCGUACUCAAGGUCCUUGAACUUCCAAGAGCUUCCGUUUCUCCCACAACCCUAUACUUCGUUCCAAGAACGACAUUUAACAUAUCUUGUUACGUGGAUGGAGAUCCUAAACCUCAACCUCAUUGGUUUUACAACGGUAGACGUAUUCAUCCGGAUCAUAAGUAUUACAUAACAUUCAAAAAUGAUCUCAUUGUUCGUGAUCCAUCACCCAGAGAUGUUGGUGUCUAUGAGUGUCGUGCCGUUUCACCAGCUGGAACUCAUGCUGACUCAGCUACAGCCUAUCUGGCAGUUGCACCUCGAGUAGAACUCCGUCAAAGCAAGACAAUGAUCGGAAGAGGAGACAGCAUAUCUUUCGAUUGCAUAAUUCUAGAGGGAACUCCUCAGCCAAAAGUGCAAUGGUUCAGAAAUGGUAAAGAAUUACUACAGAGUAGCAAUGAAUACAUGACUAUCAGCGGUAAUCAUCUGAGCAUAUCUGGUGCUCAAGACACAGAUGCUGGAUCGUAUUCCUGCGUUGCGGAUAACAUCGCCGGAAGAGAUAUUGGAGUAGUAAAAGUUGCCGUAGGAAGCAUGCCGUCUAUCGUGCCUUCACCUGAAACUGUACGCGUGAACAUUGAGAGACAAGCUACACUACAAUGCAGAGCUAUUGGACAACCUGCACCAACGAUCAGCUGGCAGAGAGAAGGAGUUCCAUUAGAAUCAAUUGACCAUUCGCGAUAUACAGUACUUCCAGAUGGGAACUUGCUCAUAAUGAAUGCUCAGCUUGAAGAUCAAGCAAGAUUUACAUGCAUUGCAAGAAAUGACUACGGUCAACAGUCUAAGACUACCAUGGUGAUGAUCAUCGGCUUAGUGUCUCCGGUUUUGGGACAUGUCCCACCAGAAGAACAGCUGAUCGAAGGAGAAGAUCUUCGUCUGUCUUGCGUUGUAGUUCUAGGUACACCAAAACCAGACUUGAAAUGGUUCAAAGAUGGAAGGCCGGUAGAGCCGAGCUCUUCGUUGAUUAUCGAGGGUGGAGGUUCUUCGCUACUUCUUCGAAAUGGAAAUCCAGCAGAUGAGGGUCGAUACACCUGUGCGGCAAUUUCUCCAGCAGGAAACGCGACAUUGAACGUGAACGUACAGCUGAUCAAGAAGCCAGAGUUCAUUGUGGAUGAUAAUGAACCACUUGCUGCUGAGUUGAGUGUACGUGAAGGACAAAGCAUGGAAUUGCCUUGUCGUGUACGCGGUACACCAACACCAGCAGUUACAUGGAGUCUUGACGGAAGACCCAUCAGUGUCAACUCUAAGGACUAUACUAUUACGCAAGACAACACACUUAUCAUUCUUAACGCCGAUAAGGCUAGCGCUGGAACCUAUACCUGCACGGCAAUGAAUCCUGCUGGUGAAAGUGAACAGUCAACCUACGUCAGCGUUAUCGCGGUGCCCGUAAUAUCACCAGGUCAAAGCUCGUUCAAUCUUAUACAAGGCACGCCUGUAACCAUCCCUUGCGAUGUUUAUAUGGAUCCAAUGCCUGAUAUCAGAUGGUAUCUCAACGGUGAACCUUUCGAAGGCGGUUAUGUCGAUGAGAAUGGUGCUCUAACCAUAGAAGAUGCCGAAGAGUCGCACAGAGGCCAGCUGAAAUGCGUUGCUUCAAAUGAAGCUGGAGAAGAUGAACGGGUAGUAACCCUCACUGUUCAUACAGCUCCCAUUAUUGACGGCAGUGGUCAGACUGUUAACAAAAUCGCCCUUGUCAAUGAGACUGUACGCUUGCCUUGCCCAGCUCGUGCUAUCCCGCCUCCGAUACGAAUUUGGAGUUAUGAAGGACAAAAUUUGGAAACGUUACCGAUGCACCAUGAGGUGUCGGAAGCGGGGGAGUUGAUUCUACCAAUAAUUCAGUUGGAUAAUACUGGACACUACACAUGCCUUGUAUCAAAUCUUGCUGGAGAUGAUUCCAUCACCUAUAGUUUAGAGGUUCAUGAAAAGCCCCAAAUUGUUUCGGAAACACCUGGAACUAUAGACGUUGUCAAAGGUUUGACACUUGAAAUUCCGUGCAAAGCGAGAGGAACUCCGGAACCUGAAAGAAUAUGGAAGAAGGACGGCAUCCAGAUUGGCGAUCAAGAGACAGAAACCACAAAUAUCGAUUCGGCCGGAACACUUCGAAUCCUGAACACACAAACAGCUCAUGGUGGACAAUAUACAUGUGAAGUUAGCAAUCCUGUUGGAUCGGAUAGCCGUGUAACUAUCGUUGUUGUUCAAGAACCUCCAGUUAUUCUGCCAGCCACUAUAACCAACUACACUUCCGUUGAAGGCGACUUAGUCGAAAUUCGCUGUCACGUCGAGGCCAAUCCUCCUGCUGAAAUUCACUGGACCAGGCGUGGCAUACCUGUUACAGAAUCCACGCCAGGAGUAUCAGUAAACGGAGGGACUCUGAUUAUUCAAUCGGUCAGCAAGGAGGACGCUGCUUUUUACACAUGCAAAGCCUCAAAUCCAGCCGGAAAAACAGAAAAAGUGAUUCGUCUCAGUGUUAUAGUGCCACCCGACAUACCCGACCAAGACACCGUUGUUCUCGAAUCCGUCAAAAUCCAUCAGCCAUUCAGUUUAUACUGCCCAGUGUUCAGUACUCCACUUCCAACGAUCACAUGGUAUCUUGACGACACUGUUAUGUCAGAUGGUGAUCCGAAUAUCUUGAUGUCUGAAGAUAAAAGACGAUUGCACGUCGUCAAGGCGCGGACCACUGAUGCUGGUGUGUACAAAUGUGUAGCAAGAAAUCUAGCCGGAGAAAGCAGCAAAACAUUCGAUGUUGAAGUCAUUGUUCCUCUAAAUGUUGACGAAACCGAGUGGAAGAGGAAAGUGACCGUGUUUGAGGGCCAACGAGUUGAGUUGGGUUGUCCUGUGAGCGGACAUCCUGCCCCGUCCGUGAACUGGGUCGUGGGAGGAAGAAUCUUGGACCCGGGUGAACAAGUGAGGGGUGUGGAAGUGUCAGAAAGUGGUAACUUGUUGAUCAUUGAUAAUACAACACUAGAACAUGCUGGAAAUUACCAUUGCGUAGCACAGCACAAAGCUGGAAGUCUAGACGUCGAUAUCGAGUUGACCGUACGAGGUGAGUGA